GGGGAGUUGAUAUCACCAGUAGUUCAAUUGUCUGAAGAGUGUUGUUCAGAUGGCGUGUUAUUCAGAAGAAAACAUCGUUAUCACGGUUACGAUUAUCAUGUUAUUAUUCAUUGUUGAUAAAUAUGCCUACCAGGAUCUACCAACUCUAUACGAAUAUUAUACUGAAGGUGGUAUCGAGUCAGGUUUGAGUGAUAAUAAAACAUACUUCACACUGAAUUCCAAGAAUAUUACAAUCUUAAGUGGCUCCCUCCACUAUUUCCGAGUUCCGAAAGUUUACUGGAGAGACAGAUUGAGAAAAUUACGUGCAGCAGGGUUGAAUUCAGUGGAGACGUACAUUCCUUGGAAUCUACACGAACACCAAAAUGGAGUUUUCGACUUUGGAAACGGUGGCAGUGACUUCGAAGAAUUCCUAGACGUGGCUCAUUUCCUCAAUUUGGCUAAAGAAGAAGAUUUGUUUGUUAUUUUACGACCUGGACCUUAUAUUUGCGCUGAGUGGGAGUUCGGUGGUUUGCCAAGUUGGCUACUGAGGUACAAAGACAUCAAAGUUAGAACAUCUGAGAAACAAUUUAUGAAAUUCGCGAGUAGAUAUCUCGAGAAGCUUUUUGAAAUCAUUUCACCCCUGCAGUUCACUAAAGGAGGGGCAAUCAUAGCAGUUCAAGUUGAGAAUGAAUAUGGAAACACAAAAUACGGUGAUCAACCUGUUGAUGUCAUUUAUCUGGAGCAACUCAAAAACGUAUUCCUGCAGAAUGGAAUAGUAGAACUACUUUUCACUUCUGAUACUCCCUCGAACGGAUUUUACGGAACAAUACCAGGGGUUCUAGCCACAGCCAAUUUCCAAAACGACUCCAUUCAUGAACUGACCGUACUGAAAGCUCACCAACCUCGGAAACCUCUGAUGGUCGCUGAAUAUUGGACUGGGUGGUAUGACCAUUGGACUGAAAGUCAUCAUACUAGGUCAGUAGAAGAAUUUGGUAGAGUUUUGGAUGGAAUACUCACAUUCGGAGCAUCGGUGAAUAUGUACAUGUUUCAUGGAGGUACAAACUGGGGAUUCUUAAACGGAGCAGAUGUAAACGAUUUAUCGCGUGAUAACAAAGGUUUCCAACCUGUUAUAACAACAUAUGAUUACAAUGCUCCAUUAUCCGAAGCUGGCGACUACACAGAUAAAUAUUACAGAGCCAAAGACAUCAUAGCCAGACAUAAUAAAAUAAAAAUUAAACAACCCGAUAUGCCCAAAUUGACCAGAAGGAUUGCAUACCCAUCCAUCAACAUUACAGGAGAAUUAUCAUUAGCUGAUCUUCUUGAUCAAAGUCAAGGUUUCCCAAUGAAACAUGUGCAACCAAUGGAAUCAUUACCAAUUAACAAUGGUUCUGGACAAAGUUAUGGGUAUAUUAUCUAUCGAACAUCGAACAUUGACAUUCCCAGAGAUAGCAUCUUGAAAAUAAAGGGCCGGGUUUGUGACACUGUCUUAGUACUUUUGAACGGCAAACUCAAAUCAAAAAUUCUGGAAUCCAAGGAAGAUUUGGAAGGAUUUGGUUAUUGGAAGAAACGAGAUGCAGUUCUGAGUCUGGGAGGUGCGACCGAGAAUGCUGUUUUGGAGCUAGUUGUUGAAAAUUGGGGGCGGGUCAACUAUGGAAAACUGUUUCAAUUCAAUCAACACAAAGGUCUAUGGCAAGGUGAUGUUUUACUCAACAAUCAGAUCUUGGAGUUUGAGAAAGUAUUUCCUCUGGAAUUUAAGAGGUCAUGGAACAGUAAAAUAAAAAACUGGGUUUCUCCAAAGUUUUCGAGUGGACCAAAGCUAUAUAAGGCUAUUUUGAAAAUAGAACAUGAACCUCAUGACACUUAUAUCGACACAAGAGAGUGGAACAAAGGCUUUAUCAUUGUCAAUGGAUUUGUGUUGGGACGAUAUUUGAGACUAGGUUCUCAACAAACACUUUACCUACCUGCGCCUUUUUUGAAAAAGGGAUUUAAUGAUAUUUUAGUUUUCGAACAUUUUUCACCAUCCGAACAACUGCAAUUUUCCGAAAAUUUAAUUUUCACAUGAAUAGUACGUAGCAAUAAAUCGAUAUACGCACGAGAAUAAAAUUGUUUAACCAUUUGCCUCCCUACAUGAAGGAACUUUCAAUAAGAAAAUUCAAACAAUCACUGACGGACCUAUUACACCGCCAUGUAUGUCAUGAAUUUUUCGCUAUACCGCUCCCCAAGUAAUU